AUGCACAUCUUGAUCAACAUGCGCGUCGCCAGUACCGUCCUCGCUCUUUCCUCCGCCGCCUCAGGCUUCAUCCACCCUCGUCAAGCCUCCUACAACGAGACGAGCUCUACGCCCAAUGUCGCGGCCGCACAAUACGACGGAACCUGUUUCUACCCCGUCCCUGAUUCCAAGUUUAACCUGAACGCGUAUCUCGGUACCUGGUAUCAGGUCGCUGGUACACCAUUCGGUCCUACAGCCGGUGCACGCUGCGUGAGCGCAAAUUACGAACUCAACGACAAUGGCACGGUGCGCGUCACGAACACUGCGACUGUCGGCCCACGAACUGUCGACAUCGUCGGCACAGCUACGCCCGUAGACUCUGCUUAUGGCGCCGGUGGUGCUUUCAUUGUCAGCUUCCCUGGCACGCCAUCAACGGCAGAAUGCCCAGGACCCAACUACAUUGUGCAAGAUUACGCCGUCGAUUGGGCGAUUGUGCAGACCCAGAAGUGGAACACGCUGUACAUCUUGAGUAGGGUGCGACAACCAGCCGCUGAAAGCAUCGAUGCCUGGAUUGAUCGCGCUGUGGCUUUCGGAUCGAACGCAUCCUCGAUUAUGAAGUUCAACCAGACGGGUUGCGAGUAG